AUGACCUCCGCAAAUUUAAGUGCAGACACCUAUACACGACUACUUGCGCACGCAGAACCAGAGCGCGGAUAUCAUCUUUGGCUCCCGGAACUCCGUGAAGAAUCAGCUUCCAAGUACCCCCACGAAAGUGUUCGCAUUGGCGACGUAGGCGUCAUCUCACCGGAAGGAAACUUUGAUGUAUUCUUCAAUAUAUGUCUCCCCCAAAAUCACCCACGGCAACAUCCACACGGUGUUCCAGAGGGAUUUAAGCAAAUAAAGCUUUCCAGCAAGGAUGUCAAGAUCACUAAAGAUCCUGAUUACCGUGGCUGUAUAGCCACCACGGAGAAUGGUAAGACUCGUGUCGAUGUGACUGGUGCAAAUCCCAAUCUCGUGACAGUCAAGGGUACCAAGUCCGAGUUAACCGCAGAGGCUG